AUGGAUAUUUAUAAAGAUCAUAUUGAUCUAAUAACUGUGUAUAUUGAAGAAGCUCAUGCAUCUGAUGAAUGGCCAAUUGGUAGUCGAAUAAGUUAUGUUCAACCAAAAUGUGAUGUUGAUCGAAUUCGAAUAGCUAAAGAUUUUAUUGAAACAACAAAAUAUCGAAUACCAUUAUUAAUCGAUCCAGUAUCACGAGAUAAUCCAUUUAGUAAAAUGUAUAAUCCAUGGCCAAUUCGAUUUUAUGUGGUUGAUAAAAUGAAAAGAUUUCGUUAUAUAGCUGAACCAAUUAAAGGAUCAUAUUCAUUAGAAUUAAUUAGGAAUGCAUUGGAUGAAGUUAUUCAAUAA